UUGACGUGGAGAACGCGUCAAAUUGAUUCCCGCACGCUGCAGCCUCCCGGUCAGACGAAUUUCUCCCAAUCGGAUGAAGUUCACCCUGGGCCUGGGGUCGCGGGCGUGGAGAGUGUCCUGGGAGCGGGCGGCGGCGGCAGCGGCAGGCCGGGGGGCGGGCGGCGGCGCGCUCGGCGGCCGCGCACGGCUCGUCUCCAGCCCGCGGUCGGGCCGCCGCGGCUCUCGGCUCGCGCGCGCCCUCCCUCUAUGCCUCUCCGGCGGCGGCGGCUCCCGAGCUCUCCCGGACUGCGCCGGGCCCAGCCCCGGCCGCCCCAGCGCCAGGCAGCUGGCCGGCCCGCGCGCUAUGGAGCAGACGUAUGGCGAGGUGAACCAGCUGGGCGGCGUGUUCGUCAACGGCCGCCCCCUGCCCAACGCCAUCCGCUUGCGCAUUGUGGAGCUGGCGCAGCUGGGUAUCCGACCCUGUGACAUCAGUCGGCAGCUCCGCGUGUCCCACGGCUGCGUGAGCAAGAUCCUGGCGCGUUACAACGAGACCGGCUCCAUUCUGCCCGGGGCCAUCGGGGGCAGCAAACCCCGCGUCACCACCCCUAACGUGGUCAAGCACAUCCGGGACUACAAGCAGGGAGACCCUGGCAUCUUUGCCUGGGAGAUCCGCGACCGGCUGCUGGCCGACGGCGUCUGCGACAAGUACAAUGUGCCUUCUGUGAGCUCCAUCAGUCGCAUCCUGCGUAACAAGAUUGGCAGCCUGGCGCAGCCGGGACCUUAUGAGGCAAGUAAACAGCCGCCGUCGCAACCUGCGCUUCCCUACAACCACAUCUACCAGUACCCCUACCCAAGCCCCGUGUCACCCACGGGCGCCAAGAUGGGCAGCCACCCUGGGGUCCCGGGCACAGCGGGCCACGUCGGCAUCCCGCGUUCAUGGCCCUCGGCACACUCAGUCAGCAACAUCCUGGGCAUCCGGACGUUUAUGGAGCAAACAGGGGCUCUGGCCGGGAGCGAAGGCGCCGCCUACUCCCCCAAGAUGGAAGACUGGCCGGGCGUGAACCGCGCGGCCUUCCCUGCCACCCCCGCAGUGAAUGGGCUGGAGAAACCUGCCUUGGAGGCGGACAUUAAAUACACUCAGUCGGCCUCCGGCCUCUCCGCCGUGGGCGGCUUCCUCUCCGCCUGCGCCUACCCGGCCUCCAACCAGCACGGCGUGUACAGUGCGCCUGGCGGCGGCUACCUCACCCCCGGCCCACCAUGGCCACCGGCGCAGGGACCUCCGCUGGCGCCCCCCGGGGCCAGCGUCGCAGUGCACGGCGGGGAGCUCGCGGCAGCCAUGGCCUUCAAACAUCCCAACCGAGAAGCGGCCGAUCGGAAGCCUUCCAGCCCCGGCAGCAAGGCCCCGGACGCCCUCAGUAGCUUGCACGGACUGCCCAUCCCGGCCUCGACCUCCUAGGGGCAGCUGUGCCCGGAGCCGGAGCCCGGAGGAGACCGCGGACGGGCAGUCGGACCGGGGCGCACAGCUCUGCCCGCGGCCCUGGCGAGUGGCACCGGAGGGACCGGGUGACACGCGGAGGAGGAAGCGGGCGCCGGCCCGCUGGGGGCGCCGGGUCAGUCCCCGGCCUUGCCCUGCCUUUGGCCUGGUCCGCCACACCUCCUUUACUGGCCGAAGUUUUUAGGCUUUUCUGAACUUUGGCUUUAGGCUGUCGCACCCUUGUGAUGAUCCAUGCUCCGAGGUGGCCUCCCUCGCUCUGCCAGCCUCAAUUUCUUUUCCGUCCUUCUCUUCUCCGUCUCCCUCCCUCCCUCCUAACCUCCCUUCCCCCUUUCUUCUUUCUUUCCGUCCCUCCCUCCCUCCCUCCUUUGUAUUCUCUGUUUUCCUUCACUGUCUUCCUUUUCGUCUGGUCCAUCCGGAUCGUCGACGCCCUUCUCUCUUUCUCGCUUUUUACUGCCAAGGGCUGUAUUUCCCUUCGUUUAUUCUGCUUUUCCACCCCCCACCCGUCCCCCAAUCCGGGAGAGCCCCAGACCGUUCUCCGUGGCAGGCCUUUUACAGCACCUGGGGCUUUGUAGCCCCCACCCCUCUGAGCCCCCCAGCCCUAAUGGGGGGACUCAAACCUAGGAAGUGGAUACAGAAGCCACACCUUUUGUUUUAUAUUUGUAUAAUAACAAACUGUAACAAAAUCUCCAUGGACUGUUCUCUCCCCUGGCUCCCCCCAGUAUAUUGUCUGGAAAUCUGUA